AUGCUGACUCAACUACAGUUCCAUAUUAAUCCACCAGAGGCCGCCGCUCACCUCUACCAGCUCCACUUCAGGAACUUCUAUAAGUCUGAGAUCAACAAGGAGGAGAUGUACAUCCGCUACAUCCACAAGCUGUGUGACAUGUACCUGCAGGCAGACAACUACACCGAGGCAGCGUUCACCCUGCUGCUGUACUGGGAGCAGCUGUCCUGGGAGGAGGGUCCUCUCAGGGACUUCCUGCACUACCCUGCACAGACCCACUGGCACCGCAAGGAGGCGCUGUGUCGCAAGGUGCUGCACUACUUCAACAAGGCCAAGUGCUGGGAGUAUGGGAUUCCCCUGUGCAGAGAGCUGGCCUUCCAGUACGAGUCCUUAUACGACUACCAGAGUCUCAGCUGGAUCCGGAAGAUGGAGGCCGCCUACUAUGACAACAUCAUGGAGCAGCAGCGUCUGGAGCCGGAGUUCUUCAGGAUAGGGUUCUACGGCCGCAAGUUCCCCUUCUUCCUUAGAAACAAAGAGUUUGUCUGUCGCGGCCAUGACUACGAGAGGCUAGAGGCCUUCCAGCAAAGGAUGCUGGGAGAGUUCCCACAAGCAAUCGCAAUGCAGCACCCCAACCAACCAGACGAGGCCAUUCUGCAAUGUGAUGCCCAGUAUCUCCAGAUCUACGCGGUCACACCGGUGCCGGAGAACCUCAGUGUGCUGCAGAUGGACAGAGUACCCGACCGCAUCAAGAGCUUCUACCGGGUGAACAACGUGCGGCGGUUCCGCUACGACCGGCCAUUCCACAAGGGGCCCAAGGACAAGGACAAUGAGUUCAAGAGUCUCUGGAUAGAGAGGACUACGCUCAUCCUCACCCACCCUCUGCCUGGCAUCUCCCUGUUUGAGGUUGAAAAGAGAGAGCUGGUGGAAGUGAGUCCCUUGCAGAACGCCCUGGAGGUGGUGGAGAGUAAGAACCAGGAGCUGAGGUCUCUGAUUGGUCAGUACCAGCUCCAGCAGCUCCAGAGCAACAUCAACCUACUCAGCAUGACCCUCAACGGGGUCAUCGACGCGGCGGUCAACGGCGGCAUCGCCAGAUACCAGGAGGCCUUCUUUGAUAAGGACUACAUCAGCAGCCAUCCUGAGGACACCGACAGGAUCACCCAACUCAAAGACCUGAUGCAGGACCAGGUUCACAUCCUGGGCCUCGGUCUUGCGGUGCACGAGAAGUUGGUGCACCCAGAAAUGCGUCCCCUGCAUAAGAAACUGAUAGAUCAGUUCCAGAUGAUGAGGAACAGUCUGUGUCUCGGGCUUCCGGGCUCGGAGCGGGUUGGCUCUGGGGUCAACGCUCGAGGCUUCCUGGCUACCCACAGCCCCAUGAGCCCGGAGGGGUUCAAACUCAUCCACCGACACAGUGACACUGGGACUGUUGGUAACGUUGUGAUCCUGGCUGAGGGGCUGGUGCUGGAGCACCCUGAUGACUUCUACCGCAUGCAGCCAAGCCCCUCGUCUUCCAGCCUAAGCUCCACCCACUCAGCCCCCUCGCAGAUGAUUCACUCCGCCCCUUCCACCAUCAGGGUGGGCUCCCCUUCUCUACCAGACCGGUUCAGACACAACAGAGAGCUGAUGAUGCUGCUGCCUCCGCACAGAGACCGUCCCUCCAGCGUGAUGAUCCCCAGCCACAGCGACCACGCGCAGCCGUCCAACCUCCAGAGGGCGCUGUUUCACCAGGUGAUCGGCCCGUGCAAGCCCUGCAGCGAUCCCAACCUGUCAGUAGCAGAGAAAGUCCUGACCACGCCCAGCAGCUGGAGUCUGGACAGUGGGACCCGGGAGACUCUCCCCUUCCUCUCCGGGCACCUGGGCCUGGCCCCCCCCGUGCCCCCCCGCAACCUGCCUCCUGGGCCCCACCUGUCGAUGCACUUUGAUGCUUUCAGCCAGCAGCUCAGCGACCUCCCGCCAGCCCUCCCCGCGCGCUCCUUAAGAAAGUCUCCCCUACACCCUAUACCUGCCUCUCCCACCAGUCCCCAGUCCCUCCUGGAUGGCAGUAGCUCCACCCUGUCUGGCAGCGCCAGCUCUGGGGUCUCCUCCCUCAGCGACGGUAACCCAGGCCCCCCCACCUCCAGCUGUGACCAAGAGGAGGCCCACUACCAGCCCGGCCCUGGAGCCCUCAUCCUGGGCCCACCUCUACCCCAGCCCCAGGCUUCAGUCCUGGCCUCUGAUCACCACCAGCACCACCACCACCAGCACCACCCUCAUCAUCAUCAUCAUCUUCCCCAGCCCAACUACAGCCUCCACCUCCCCCCUCUGUACCAGCCCCACCAGCCCCCCGCCCUCCCCCCGAAGCCCUCCCUCAGGGAGGAGGACGAGGAGGACGAGGAGCUUCCCAGGCCCAUGCCCCGCCGCAUCUCCCAGCCCCUGAUGGCCGUGACCAAGGAGGAACAGGCCAAGGCGGCCUGGCAGGCCGUCAGCGAGGAGUAGGGAGCUCAGGGGUUGGAGCCAAUGAGGUCCCAGAUGUCCGGUUAAGCCACACCCUCACAGGCCCCGCCCUCUUGUAAGCCCUCCCCCUUUAAAUGACCAGCAGUUGUGAAGGUUUAGAGGUUUUCUAUACGACCAGGGACGGUGCAACGUUACAUCAUUCAUUCACCAUUCAACACCAUAGAAUGAAACGGUAGGAGUAAUUCACCAGAAUAAUACACUGAUAAUGGAUACCUGCAGUCUUCCAGAGCAGUGAAUAUGUUUAUUUACUGAAAUAUAUAGGUGGAUCCUAUCGUUUUGAAGGUGCUGCAAAGCACAAUGUUUCUGCUCGCCUCGAAUAGGACUACAUUCUAAAAGAUAGUUGGUGGAACAUAACACAUACAUGUGUUGGGUUUUAGGUGAAUUAUUCAUGAAUAAACAAACUUAAAACACGUGCAUCUCUUAUCACCAGGGCAACGCCAAAGACGUGAUUCCUGUAUGAAAGUUCAUUGAAUAAAUAAAUAUAUAUAUUUAUAAACCCAUUAAUUCAAACAUGUAUAUUAAAUGGAUCUAGUAUUUUAAACUACUUCCGGACAAAAGACCAAGUAAAUAAAUAUAGAACAAUAUUGUUUUUUUAAAUGACCACAGUAUUAUAAAAUAUAAAAAAAAUAUAUGAUCUAUUUCGUCUAUUAAGACCAGAGUAUCACCAUUAUGUAAUAAUAAUAAUAAUAAUAAUAAUAAUAAUAAUAAUAAUCUUGUUUUAUGAAGCCUACAGUAUUUCCAUGAUUUUAAAACUGAAUGUGAAUAUGAAACAAUAAUCUUGUUCUGCCCCACAGUAUUAUAAUAAUUUAUUUUGUUUAGACUGGUUGAUGAGACGAAAAUACCACACAUAUUUGAUAAGUGAUCCUCGAAUUGUACAAGUUAUAAAGUAGUUAGAAGGAGGGUUAACGGUUUGCAUUCCCCAUCUUUAGUUUACUAUAACCACUCACGCCGCCACAUACACCCACAGUUAGUAUUAUCCACACAUUCAUUAUGUGGUGCCACAACAUAUGGUUUCAUAUGUCAUGGUGUUUUUAAUUUCAUGGUUGCAGAUGUGAGAAGCUUGAAAGAUUUAUGCACGGUACUAAAAAACGGUUUUAUACAGGCUACAAAAUGCAGCCCCAGACAUUUCCACCUCAUAAGCACUCUCCACGGAUGGGAUGUGACCUCUGACCUCGGUGAGUGUAGUCCUGCAUAGGAGGGACCCACAGGGCCCCCAUCCAGAUCUCAGAGAGCGUGGUUCAGCUGUAAGGACGUCCUGUCGCUAGCCAUCCCUUGGGUUGAUUGACAGGUUGAUUGACUGUUCAUCAGGCAUACUUAUAAUUUCUUUAUUUCUGUGGAAACGGCUCCAGUUUGCAUCACACAGAGUUACCUCUUUCAUUACCAGGGCCGGUCUUCUAUCAGGAGACUCUCUACACUGUUUUAUAUAUUUGUUUUCUGGUCAUGAUUCACACUGUUGUUGUACACACUGUUAUAUAUUAUUAAUAACCAUUAACUUACGGCACAUAUUUAGCCAGACCCAGGGUACGAUAUUUAAUAACUAAUUUAUUAUCUCAGCUUGUCUGGCACCUGUCCGUCAGUCUAAGCAGGGCAACGUGUUGUUCGUUGUUGUUGAUGUUUUAGGAGGCGUCUCAAGGCUCUAACUGAAGGCUACUUAAGGCUAGCUUAACACUCUGACCCCGCAGGUAGCUGACCUGACCUUUAACCCCUGAACCUCCAGACUGUAUCGGUUAAGAUCAAUUGAGGGGGCGUGGCUGUAGGCAUGGGGAGUUGUGUUGCACCAAUGAAAAGUGGCAGGCCAGAGCUAGCCCCGCCCAGUUUGAACAGUGGUAGAAGCCAAUUUCCACGGCACCUUCUAUGCUCAUUGAUUUGUCACUUUACGGUCAUUUAGUUCCUGCCCUCAAUGAGAUCGCUUCACAGAGAAAUUGGAUUGAUAACAUGUGAUUCAAAAUAUGGUGAUUAAAGUGUGUGAUUGAUAACAUGAUUUGAAGCUUUUGGAGAGGAAAGGAUGGCACAUUUUGUUACAUGUAACACAACAAAAUGUAACCUUUUAUAUGAAGUGUAACCUAUGCAAUGCCCAUGCAUUUGGACCACAGGUUUCUUACUAGUUCUUCAUGGAAUAGAAGAAUGUUUCACUUUGUUAUGCAAGGUAGUAAAACAGCCUACUGUACAGACUAGCAGAGACGCAGCAGAAACAGUACGUUGUACAUUCGAUAGCAAUUCAUGAAAUGAUCUUUUAUAGUGUGUGAAAGACAGAAAAAGGUUUGUACUUGUUGUUUUAGUUUUCUAAUUUCUGCAUGAAGCUCCUUUUUCUACCUGUCUUUUCCGGGGUCGCAGGACAUGUGGCCUGAGUGUGUUUCUAAACGUUCAUUAUAAGAAGGACGAGCCAGAGUUGGUCGCCUUCAGGAACUGCCGCUGUCGUCUCUAUGUUGUAAGCCUGGCAACAGAUCACCGUGGCAACGAGAGGAGGGGUGUAGCCUGUACAUAGCGUCUACGGGCCUCGUUACUGCUGAUGUAAAAUCAUUUUUUAAAUUAGAACGUAAAAUACAUUUGUCUAAUUCUUGUUAAUAUUGUAUGGAGUCCUAUGACCAUGUUUGGAUUUGGGAUUGGGUUUGGUGUAUUUCGCAUCAAUGACAGAUGGAAUGCGGCCAGUGGACUACUGUGUCCAGCCUGACUGUGGACCAGUAGAUGUAAAUAUCACCUUUUCCUACCGCUGUGCUGUAUGUUAAUUCAUAAUGACUUAAUAAAUACGAGCUAUACUGUA